ACAUUUGUUUGUCUUCUUCCACAGAUGUUUAUGAUGGAUAGAUAGAGACGAAGAGGAGGAGAAGAUGUCGUUCUUCGGCGUGGACUGUGUGAGGAAAAAAGAGAGAGAGCUGGAGAGGAAGCUGCGCGCAAACGACCGCGAGUACAACUUCUCCUUUCAAUAUGCAACAAACGCAAUCAAGACCAACAAGUACAACUUCUUCACCUUCCUACCUCUUAACCUGUUUGAGCAGUUCCAAAGGAUUGCGAAUGCCUACUUCCUGUUUUUGCUGGUGCUCCAGGUGAUUCCUCAGAUCUCCUCCCUGUCCUGGUUUACCACUGUUGUUCCUCUGGUCCUCGUGCUGACAGUCACUGCUGCCAAGGAUGCCACUGACGAUAUCGUAAGCACAUUUCCAGAACUCGUCUGGCAAAUAAUUAUCUGUAUUGAUCCCAAAAGAAAUUAAAAGACAAUAUAUAUAUACGCAAAGGUGUCUUCGGCUUUUAGAAAAUAUUUAGAGUUCUAUGAUGUGAAUCUGGAUAUAGGCCUGUUACAAAACGUUAAUCAUACACACAUUGCAUUGUACUUGAGUUAAAUUUCAACGUUCCCUUUUGGGUCACUUAUAGUACAACAUUAAUAAAAAUUAAUCAUUGAAUGGCAAAAACUAUUUUAAAAAAUCAGGUUUGUCCUGUACCCUCUCCAAUAUCUUCUUGUUUUUUCCCACUUGGAAGAAACCGGUACAUUUCAUCAAACGCUCAGACUUGAUCCAAAAUAAAUCCAGUGAGAGUUGAUGCUCAAAGUUGCUAAUAGUUUUAUUGCAAAUCAAAGUGAACCAAAAAGU